UUAGAAGAUCCAAACAUAUAAAUUAUAAAAUAAAUCUCUCCGGCCAACCGGCCGGGUAGAAGGCUAGUAGAUCAUUAGACUAAAGUGUUGUUUGCUGAUGGGAUUUCGACGUGAGGAAUUUACAAUGCUAUAUAGCAUUGGUGUUAUAGGUUUUUGUCUUUAUGGUAUGACUUGAAAUUAUACCUUUAACGUUAUGGUACAACUUCGGGUUGUACCUAUAUUUUUUGUACAAAUUUUUUUAUGGUACAACUUGAACUUGUACUCUUAUGUGAUGGUACAACUUCAAGUUGUAAAGUUGUACCAUAACAUAAUGAUACAAAUUUCUUUAUGAUACAACCUGAACUUAUACAUUUAAUGGUAUGGUACAACUUCAAGUUGUACAUAAAGCACCAAUGCUAUAUAGCAUAAUAAAAGGGCUCUUUGGAUGUUGUAUUUAGUCUCCAAAUACAAACUAUCAUGUUUUUUUUGUCCAAACCCAUUGUUUGUUAAGGACUUAAGGUAGGCAAAUCCGUGGACCCCACGUAUUUGUAAAUACCACAUUUCAUUUGGUAUUUGCAAAUACCACAUUAUGGAAGAUAAAUUUUUGACAACCAAAUAUCAAAUGAACUAAAUCCAUGAUAAAAAAUUCAACUAAACAAACAAUGUUAUCUUUCAAAUACAAAAUACAACAAAUCCAUCAUAAAGUUUUCAAAACUCAAAACCUUCAUUUUCAAAUCCAACAAGCAAACGAGCCCUAAGAAGACUCCGGAUAUGGAGAAGGAAGAUCUGCUGCAACUAGGGAUGGCAAUUUUGCCCAUACCCAUGGGUAUUUUACUAUCCAACCCAAUUGGGUUGGGUAUGGAUUCCAAAUAAAUGGUAGAUGGGUAGAGUUAGAUGGAUUUGUACCCAUACCCAUUUACUUGGGUUGGGCUGGGUUUUUAACACAUGGAUUUGGGUUUGUACCCAUGCCCAAAGGCAAAUUACAGUUUGGUUCCUGAACUUAAUAGAUAUGCAUAUUUAGUACCUAAAUUUAAUUUUUUUGCAUAUAAGUUCUCAAAAUAUUGAUGGAAAAUUACAUUUUAGUACCUAAAUUUUUUUGGUCUUACAUUUUGGUACCUAAACUUUUCGAGUUUUACAAAUAGGUCCAAUUUUUGUGUGUGUAGUUAAAACACCCUCAAGUAAAUGGAUAUCCAUAUCCAACCCAUACCCAUUUACAUAAUGAUAUGAAAGCAAUAUCCAUACCUAACCCAAACCCAAACCCAUAUACACUUCAUCCAAACCCUACCCAUACUAAAUGAAUCUAUUUGGAUUUGGGUAAAAUUACCCAUGGAUGGGUAAUUGCCAUCCCUAGCUGCAACCUCCUUAGCAAACAACUUUUUCUUCUUUCUCGUUGGAACGAGAGAUAUUUAAUCAAGAUGAAAAUAAUUAAUAUUUGUUGUGAUCGAGUAUUUCAAAAUAUGAUUGACAGAUGAUUCAAGACAUAAAAUUUGAUCAACUGUAAUGAUAUUCCGCAGAAUAUGGUGACUGAGGUUCGGAGUAAGAAUAAAAAAACAAUGUCAAUGUAUUACCAUUGAGCCAUAACCCGCUAUGUAUACCAUAACAUAUUGUUGUUUGGAAUAGAAAAGUUUGUGGAUUAAUUCUAUCAAUGAUAAUGGGAUAAUGGGAUAAGUCGGGUGAGUAUCUCAAUAUUUAUAUCUGUUCUGUGGUAGGUGGGAUUCUGAUUGGGUAAUUUAUUACAGGGCAUAGAUUGAAGCAGAUCGAUCCAUAUGAGUACAGAAUCUAAACGAAAGAUAUUUAAAUAUUCAUUUUUUGCAUUUAAAAAAUCAAAACACAAACUAUAACAUGAUGAAUGCAAUUAAAUUAUUCACGAAAUUGAGAUUUUACCUAUUUACAACUUUAUUAUAGCUAAACUAUGAGGUAAUAAAAAGCAAAAUACUAAGUAAUCUGAAUAAAAUUACAUGUGAUUUAAACAAGAACGUGUCAAGAAUGGGGCGAGUUAAGGCAUUGUCAGGUCGAGGAGAUUACCCAUACUUGCCCCACCUCGCCUAUGAGUUGGAUAUUUUCCAAUCCAAAAUAAGUCAAGCAAAUUGAGUAAAAUGGAUGAGAUCGAAAUUGUCAUCCGAUUAGAAACUAAAACUACCAAUGUCGAGAUAGGAGUAAGGGGCAAGGGGCAACAAGUGCGCGGAUAAUUCAGCCAGUUAUGGCCAUUGUAUGCCUCCGGACACCCAUCCUGUUCCUAUCUCGAAUCCGACUCAGGGGAUCUCCGAGCCUCGUCUGAUGUUGAAUGAAAGCUAAGAUGCUAUCCAUAUGUUUAAAAAAUAAAAAAAGUAAGGGCCAAGUGGCAAGACAACAUCAGUAUAAUUGGGCUGGGCUUAGAUAUAUCAUCAUUUCCCACAAAAGGGAAAAAGCCUAAAAUUGUUCGAAGCGUGCAAUAACUUAAGGAAGCCCAAAUGAAAUAGGCCAGCCCAAGGAAUCUCUUGCUCUCCAAACCAGCUGUCUUUCUUCUCCAACCACCGUACCGGAGAAGGAACAAACGCGCCAUUAAUCGGGAAGCAAGCAGAAGCCUUUCACUCAGAGGAACGAAGCAAAGAGAUCGCACAGGUCUUUAAUCGGAGAUCACGCGUCGUAGCUAGCGACUUCGAUCGGCAAGAUGAGUUUCCUCUUCGGGAACAGAAAGACUCCAGCUGAGCUGCUGAGAGAGAACAAAAGGAUGAUCGACAAGUCAAUAAGGGAUAUAGAGAGAGAAAGACAAGGUCUUCAGACCCAGGAGAAGAAGCUGAUUGCUGAGAUUAAGAAGAAUGCCAAAAAUGGGCAGAUGGGAGCUGUAAGAGUAAUGGCUAAGGAUCUUAUCAGAACAAGGCAUCAGAUUGAAAAAUUCUAUAAGCUUAAGUCGCAACUCCAGGGUGUCUCUUUGAGAAUACAGACCCUGAAAUCGACUCAAGCAAUGGGGGAGGCUAUGAAAGGUGUGACGAAAGCAAUGGGACAGAUGAACAGGCAGAUGAAUUUGCCGUCCCUUCAGAAAAUAAUGCAAGAGUUUGAGAGGCAGAACGAAAAGAUGGAAAUGACUUCAGAGGUGAUGGGGGAUGCCAUUGAUGAUGCUCUUGAUGGAGAUGAAGAAGAGGAAGAAACAGACGAGCUUGUGAACCAAGUGCUCGAUGAGAUUGGGAUCGAUAUCAAUAAUGAGCUUGUUAAUGCACCUUCAUCUGCGGUCUCUGCACCAGCUGCAAAGAACAAGGUUGCUGCCCAAGCUGAAUCAACUGGGAAUCACGAAGACAUUGGUGGACUAGAUGAUGAUUUGCAGGCAAGAUUAGAUAAUUUGAGAAGGAUGUGAUUCUCAGAGAAGAAAAUCAAACGAAACGACUUUGUAACUAUAUGUGUGAGACCCAUGGUAAUGUUUGUGCUGGAAAUCUUUACACAGCAAACUCUUGGCUCUUUCUCAGUUAAUGAUUGUACAUAUUUGAACCCAUGCCGAUGAACUUCAACGUCUGAGUGUCUUGACACUAUCAAGCUGUCGAAAAGACACUUACUGUGUAUUUACAAAGCUUUAUGAUCUUUUAUUGAAUAAGAGUGAUACUUUACUAGCAUACUACAAAGGAACAAGAAAAUGGUUUGAGAAUACUUAGGUACCUGAGGUUUAGACACCAUUUAGCAAUCCUACUGUGGAGAUUGACUCACUGUCAGGCUCUAACCGGUCGAUGGAAGCCCGACAAAGGGGACACUGAGAAUGGGAGUAGAGCCACAUGUCUAUGCAAGGUGAAUGGAAAGAGUGGUUGCAGUUCGGCAGCAGCUGUAGGUAUUCCUUCUCCUCAAAACUCGACAAGCACACAGCACACUCUGCUUCACAAUCUUCUUCUAAAUUAUUCUCUUUUCCCUUACUGUACUGUAUUGUCAAUACUGCGAAUGGUCUCUGAACAGGAUGGAAUCUAUGCUGCCUUCUAGGUUGGGACCCAGCUGGCGUUACUGGACGAGGAAGCCGCCACCAGCAUCCCUUCAUUGCCAGAGCGAAAAUCGAGAAUGAGACGGCCAAUACUGCAAACACCACGAAGCCGUAGAAGAUGGUAAGCAUCUUUGCUUCUUCGUGAACUGAACCUUGCUGAAUAUUCUUAUGGAUGAAAAUAUAUUGGAAGUCUAGGAAACUAAAUGGAAGGUUAUAGCUAAGCUAGCUAGCGAGCCGCAGUAGAGAAUCAUGCUGGACUGGACUUUGCCACUUUGGUAAUGGUGUUUAAGCAUCUGUUGGAAGAUUCAUCAUUUUGUUUAAGGAUGCAUAGGAAAGUCGAGCGUUGGUGAAGCCGUCAUCAUAUAUUGGUGCCGAGUUAUAUGUUGAAAAGGAAUCAUUGACGCCCACUGCCACAUUGGAGCUUCUUUUUUUGCAAGUAUGAAUGAUGUGUGACUUUUGAUUUUAUCGCCCUACCCAUUUAACGCUCCCAUUGAAGGCAUGAUCAAUUUCUUUUACCAGACGUGCAACACAAGCUCGAGAUAUUGAGACCAGGCUUCAGAAAGCAGUGAAUUCCUCCUCCUCCCUUUACCAUCCACAAUAAAGCGGGGGAGGAUAUCGGUUUGUAGCGAUGCUGGAGUUCUGGCUGCGGUAGGUGCCAGAUUUGGUGUGGUGAUUAGAGACUUUAAUGGAAUGUUUUUGCCGGGCGGCAAAGAAAAUCCGUGGGAUAUGGGUGGCCGAAGCGGAAGAUUUGCCUAAAACAAAAAUGUAUACAACUAAAGUAGUAAACUCAAGGGCGGAGCUAGAGGCCCCUUAUAUUUGGAUAGUAAUAGUAUACUAGCUUGUAACCCGACCCGUUGGUCGGAGGAGCUGAGCCGAAUAUUGAAUUAUUGGGAUAACCCGUAGAUUCAACCAUUAAGCUAAAUUGGUCUAAUGGUGAGUACCGCCUAGCAUAUCCCUAAUAAUCAUACCAAAGUGAAUAUAUUGGAACAUAAACAGUACAUCAAAAGUUGGUACAACCAUGAAGUUAGACCAUUAAAAACAUACCAAUGAAAUUGAAUAGCAUCGAAAAACUUCAACUUCAUUAUAUAAUUACAUGAGAUCAGAAAGAGAACACCAUUAAUUUGAUUUAUAAAACUUUCAUCUUGUCGUCAUUGUGCUUUCUGGUUUUUGUCAGGCCAUGAUAAAAUCUAAGGAAAUCAAGAACGAACAACACGAUUUGGGAUAGGAACCGCCGUUGUCGUAUUCCUAGAGAAUGGUGGUAAACACGGACUCACCUGCCAAACUGGUUUGGAUUGAGAUUUUUAUCGGGUAUCAGGGAACCAUGUGAUUAUAAAUUAGACUUGAUCAAAACGGGCCAAAACUUAAAAUUCAGCCUGUUUGACCGACACAUGCAAAAUCCUAAUUAUUCGUUACUUUUAAACUUUCUAUUUGAAAAUAAAAAAUAGUGAAAGAAAAUAGAUGACUGCAAUUCGCCAUUUGCACAUCACUUAUUCGGGAAUAAAACCAUAGAAAUUCAAAAGAAACUGAAAAUGUUUAGGAUCGUUUUAAUGUUUAAAAUAACCAAAUAGAUCUUUCUGUUUAGUUUUUUACUAACAAAUACCAAACGAUUCCCUAUAAAAUACACUAUAAUUUUAUCAUUAUGAUAUCAAAUAAUUAUAUAAUAUAUAUUUGAAAUGAUAAAAAUUGGACUAAUUGGGUUGGUCGAGAUUGAACCAUUGAAUAACUUUAAACUACAUUAUAUUUUAGCCACUAAAAUAUAAAAUAAUAUAAUAAUAUAUAUUAUGCUAGAGAAAAUAGCUUGUUUUAGAAUGUCAAACCAAUGAUGUUCAUUUGUUUUACUUGAUGGCCAAAUCCGGUGUAGGUCAGGCCCAUUCAACUCUUUUAUUUUAUGGUUAGCGGUUAGCCCUUUAGAUACCAUGCAUUAGUUUAUUGUUAAAUUUUUUUUAUUUUUAGCAUAAAAAGAAGUAUUGUUUUUGCCUUUUCAUAUAUAUUUUAUCACCACGGAGAAAUACAAGGGCUUAAAGAAAAAAAUUGACACUCCUGAACCCGUUUAAAUCGGCAUGUGUACGGUAAGUUGGCCCGAUCCACAGAGGAAAGAGAAAAAAAUUAACACUACCUAUUCUACCCUUCCUACAAACGCUCAUGGAGCAGGGAAUUUGAAAUGGGGGGAAGGGGCUUUUCCUCCCUGCUAUUAUAUGUUUUUGAUUUAAAAGGAUACAACAAAUGUACUUAGUGUGAUUGGUUAUGUUCCUUGCUUUUCUUUAAAAUGGACAUGGUACGAAUCCCAGUACGUGUCUUUUUAAUGAAUAAAAAAAAAUUAAUUGUGAAGACCAAAAUGUCCUUCCUACUUUCACUCUCGUUGCAGGAAAUUUGAAAUGGGGCUCCCGUUUUUCCCUUCGGUGUAUUAUAUUAUGUGUAGAUGUAAAUAACGAUAGUUAAACUAUAAACUUUAAUGUCAACCGUCAAAUCUUCUAACAUAUAACUAAUGAUUAAUAUUAUCUACUAAGUUCUACAUUAAUCUAUUCUAGCUUAUCAAGAAGAAUAAGAGGUAUGGUAUUAUUAGAGGAAAUCAUUAUUUUUUUUUAUGACAACAACAGGCAGAAGAGAAAAUUAGUUUCCAUCAACGCAUUUGCUUGUGAAAAUAGCUAGAUUUAAUUGUUACUGCCAGUAGUCAAUGCACAAGUAACAUUUUCUGCAUUGAAACGAUUGACAAGCCUUCACAUCAAGUGAAUUGAAAUUGUGAAUGGUUAUUUGGUAGUAGGUUAAGAGUAAAAUUUUGGUAUUUAGUCGAUUCACGCGGUUUUAGGAUAAUUUUACAAUAUGAAAAAUGAUACCUUAUAUGUGAUUUUUUAUGACACCCCUUAAAUAUAAUAAUGACAACAUGAGUAAACCGUAUACUCGUCAAUUAAAUUUUAAAAAUGAAUUGCUACAAAAAUAUCGUUUUCAAAAAAUGGAUUAGUUCAAGAUGUAACCAAAAACGAAAAAGUACAAGUAAACCCAAGGGUGGAGAUAGAGACUUACAAAGGGUUCCAUGUUACCCUUAGAUUUGGAUAGUAAUAGUAUGUUAAUAACGAAAGUUAAACUCCAAAUUUCAAUGUCAAUCGUUAAAUAUUCUGUCAUACAACUACAAUGAAUUGUAUAAUUAAUUUUAUAUUCUAAGUUCUGCAUUAAUAUAUUCUAGCUUAUCAAGAAGAAUAACAGUAUAGUAUUAUUAGAGGAAAUAAUUAAUUUUUUAUAUAUAAUAGCAACAGUUAGAAGAGAAACUUAGUUCCUAUCAAUGUAUUUGUUUUUGAAAAUAGAUUUAAUUGCUAUUACUAGUAGUCAAUACGCAAGUAACAUUUUCCAUAACGAAACUAUUAACAAGCCUUUGCAUCAAGUGAACUGGAAUUGUAAAUAAUUAUUUUGUGGUACAUUAAGCGGGAAAUAUGUGUGUUUGUUUGAUUAAUAUAAUUUUAGAAUAUGAAAAAUGAGACUAUAUAUGUGAUUUUUUAUGGCACCUCCUUAAAUAAAAUGGAUCAUUUCAAAAUUUAUCGAAAACAAAAUGGAUAAUCUCAAAAUUUAGCAAGAACAAAAAUGAGUUGGGGGGACAUGGUUGCCGACAACAACCACACGUUUUUUGGUGUCUGCAUGACUGCGGGCCGGGGGAGAGCCAACCACACCGCCGAUACAACACAACGAUGACAUUUAGUAAAUACAUUAAAUGAGU